CUUUUGUUCCUGCCUGCAUCACCCCCAUCUCCACUAUGCAAGCGUCGUCGAGCUAUCGCGGAUGUCGACGGCGAGCAUUCGUGCCUGCACAAGAAGAAGAGAAGGCUGCGUCUCUUCUUGAUCACGUCACGGCUCUCUCCGCAGUUCUCCCAUCCUGCUACCAACAUCGUAGACCGCGGGAGCUCCAAGAUCGCUGUGUGGGCGAAGCAAAGGGCGUUGGGCCGCAAUAUACUGCGUAAGGCCGCGAUAUUGAACCGCAUCCGUCGGCAAAGUAUCUGCGCGCUGGAGACGGCUGGAGGUCUGGGCCGGGUCUUUGUCGAGCAAGAAAAAGAGCAAGAGCAGCUACAGCUAGCUCGGCUUACGUUGCUGUACGGUAGUCAUGACUCGGCAACGCAGCCCAUACGUAAAGAAGACCUCGGCCUACCA